ACACCAGGUUUGGCAGGUCAAUGGCAGCCACUGGAAAAGCUCCAGCUAGCUGCGACAGCCAGCCCCAUGUGCAGAUCUUUAAAUUCGAGUGCUUAUGAUUUGAUUUUUUUAAACGUGGGCUUGUCAGUUCUCUGUAAGAAGUUUUACUCCUGAGAAUGACUCUUAAUUUGUCUUCUCAAUCAACUGUUUGGUCAAUAAAAUGGCAAUAAAUCCCCAUAACAAUAACCCAGACCACAAGCUGAAAUGCUUGUUUUGUCCAAACUACAGUCCAAAGCAUAUUGAUAUUAUGUUACACAUUAAAUCAUAAAAAAUAAUAGAUUAAUCAAUCAAAUGUUGCAGCUCUGGACAUGGUAUUUAUAUAGUUUGAAAAAAGAAUAAAAUAUAUAUAUUUAUUUUUCUGUGCAAAAGUUGGUAUGUUCUGACGGUCCCUAAACGCACCACGACUAAGCGUUCUCAGAACUUUCAGACGGUCUCAAACGCAGCAUACUAGCCAGCUAGCUUAGCAUUUAACAACAACAUCCGGUUGUACGUAGCCGCCGUUUCAUAGACACACACACAGAGUGUGUGUGUGUGUGUGUGUGCGUGUGUGCGCGCGCGCGUGUGCGUUAGAGGACAACACACCAGCACACAUGGACGUCCGCGCGUGUGUGCGGUCGGCGGGCAGGGCCGUGCUGGACAUGGUGGAGCGGGAGUGGCAGCAGCCUCUCUCCGCCGGCGAGCUGGAGCAGCGGCUGGACCAGGCGGUGGAGGAGAUCCUGGAGGGCGAGCUGAUGGCGGAGCUGAGAGCUCAGCCUCCGCCGCCGAGUCAACAACCCCCCGCGGGGCCGCAGGUUCCGCACACGGCGACCACGACACUAGCGGCAGCAGCGUGCGGUCCCCUGGAGGAGGAGGAGGAGGAGACACCUGAGUCCCAGGUGAUGGAUGCUGAGGACAGUGCAGCAGUGAAGUACAUCGCAGGCCUUCUUCAAAGCUCCAAGUCGCGGGCCCGUUUGGCCGGUCGUGCUCGCCUCUCCCUGUCCCAGACCAUCCUGCUGUCGCUCACCCUGCUCUGCGAGCGCGUGAGCUACCGCUCCGUGUCGCGCCGCUUCCUGCUGGAGAAAGGAAACAUCCACAGGAUCUUCUUUUCUUUCUGUCAGCGCGUCAACAUGCUGGCAGAGAAGCAAAUCAGAUGGCCAGUUGGCGAGGAGGCGGUAGACGCCCUUUUCCCACUUCUCAGUCCAGAGAAGGGGAGAGAAGACGAAGAGCAAAGUGUUCCUCGGGUCCUGGGAGUGUUGGGACACGCCCGGAUCCCCAUCCGCCUGCCGAUAGGGAAACACGACGUGGAGAGCACAGUGCCCGAGGUGAAGAGGAUGAAGAAGGAGGCCCAUCCCGACUCCUGGUUAAACCUUGAGCUUGUAUGUGACCGCAGGGGCCGGUUCCUACACUGCCGAAUCAGUAGAGGAUCAGACGUGGACAGAGGCAUCGCUCUCAGAGACAAACUGAAGCAGCAUCCUGUGCUGAUGCCCCCUGGCUCCUGCCUCGUAGCCAGAGCUGGCUACCCGCUCACUGCUCACAUUUUAACUCCGUACGUAGCAGCAAGUCAUGGGCCAAGAGAAGAGCUCUUCAACAAGACGCUGGGCGAGCAUUUCCACAUCCUGGAUCAGGCCCUCGCCAGACUGAGAGCCAGAUUUCUGCGGCUCCGGUAUCUGGAUAUCGGGAACUACGAUCGAGCCAGAGCUGUCGUGCUGACCGCCUGUGUGUUGCACAAUGUGUUUGUGGACAUGGGGCAGGUGGUUCGAGAGGAAGAGGGAGUCGAGAAAGAGGAAGCCGUGAACCAAGAGGGACAGGAGGAGGAGGAGGAGGAGGAGGAGGAUGAGGAGGGUGUGCAUAGACGUGUCGCCAUCUCAGAUUGGUUGUUUAAAAGCUUUGAGUCUGGAAGCACAUGUGAUGAUGUCAGAACUGGUGUUCAUAGUUAUGUAAGAUAAAGUUUUACUUUCAUAAAAA